AUGACGCCGACCGUUCUAGACAUGGCCGCUCUAUUCGACCUUUCCCCUCUUGGCGUGGAAGUAAAUGCCACUCUGGUUGCCCUUGAGGCUGAAGGGAGUUUUAAGGCCGCAUGGCCUACGGUCGCCAAGCUUGCUGGGAGUAGGGCGAAGAACAUGCUCAACUACUCCAGCUUCUACAGUAACUUCAGUGUGGAGGACAGCGCCGAUGAUGAUUCCAUCGCUCCCUUGGGGGAGGUCAAGCAUGCCGCGUUCUUGCUGUUCUGGCCAUGCAAGUUCGUGUUUUGCACUCAGGCGGACAAAGUCACCUUGGACUUCGCCCAUCUGGCCGACUAUCUCGCGCAAGGCGGCAGGCUAGUGCUCGGCCCAUUCCUCCUUGGUCAUAUCUACCGUACGCUUCAUGACGUCGUCACGGAUGGGAUGAAGCCGAAGCACGGUGGUCCACUAUGGGUCUUCCAGUUCUUGCGGCAAGCUUACUUCCCAGAGCUGAGAGGGGCGGUCAAUAUUGCCGACACCAAACCGUUGGCCAACGCAUUCGCCCGGGCCCCCAGGAAGCAUAACACCUCGACUUUCUGCUACAAAUUUUUCUAUGGCUUGGUCGAGAGGACCGAGUCGCAAUUCCGGGUGUGCCUUGCUCGGCCGUAUCCUUUGUUCCUAGGGCACGACCUCUCCGUGAUUCCUGACGGCGAAACAGAGAACGAUAUGAGGGAGAUCUGGGGCUCCUUUCUGGUCGCGCGUGACCUUCGUGGUGCGUCAAUUCAGCCUGAUCCAGAUGGCACCGCUUCCCCCGUUGUCAACCAACCGGCUCUCAUCUUGGAGGGCCGACGUCGCCCAGCAGCAUGGCGUGGCUGGCAUUUCCUUCCAACUUCAAAAGGGGAUGACCUUCCUCACUCUGACGCCUUGAUUGCAUUGUAA